CAGAGGAACGAGGAGAAGGGAGAAGCCUCGAUUGGAUUCAAGGCUUGCGGGAGCACGAGGAAGAAUCAGGACCGUUUAAGAAAGAGGAGAUUGAAUCUUGAAAGCUUUCAUGAUGAUGGAUCUGACAUUCGCAGCGGGAGGGAGGGAGGUGGAUUGGAGCACUGUGGUUCCCAGAUCUGUCGUGGAUAUCGAUGGGGACGAGGCGGGGGAAACUCUGGUAAAAGAUUGGGAGGGAAUGACCGUGGUGGAAAACAGAAUGGUUUCGAACCUAGCCUUCGACACCAAUUUUUCUGAUUGUAAAAUCCUUGAUCGAUCGAAGGGGACUCUUUUGCCCUUUGAGAGGGCAAACGUUUUCGGCAGUUGGGAAAAAGGGAGGUUAAGAGCGAGUUUCGGAAGGGAGCACAGAUUGAACUCUGAGGAGGGAUUGGAAGUUCUUUUCGAGUUUUUCAAUCGAAACGCUUUCUGUGUAGUGGAGAAGUUGAGCGGAAAAGGGAGACUUUGGGUAAUUGAGAAAGGAAUGGUGGAGAGAAUGUUAGAUCACUGGAUCCUAGGUGAACUACUUGCGGGAUUUACUGUUGCAAGAGCUUUUGGAAGGACACUUGAUGAAUUGAGCAAGGAAGAGCUAAGGACUGUGAAGGAGGCAUGUACGGUGGAGAAUGAAGCAUGGAAAGGAAGAGGGAGGUGGGAAUUCGUGGCUCUGGGACUGAUCAUUGCUCUGGCGGGAGGAACGAAGAGGCAACUGGUCACGAACCUGCUGAAAGGACUGGAGGGCAUCGAAUGGGAAGGAAUUGGAAUUAAAGAAGUAAAGGAGUGCGUUUCAGCAACACUGAAGGAAGCCUCCAACGAGGGGAGGGAGCUUGGAUUACAAGCCUUGGAUCUUAUGCUCCGACGCAGCAAACGCAUCGCAGCACAUGAACGGCAGGCAGACGCAGCGGAACAGCAGCUACCCCUGGCCCACCCCUCUGCAAUGGACGACCAGGGCAACCCCACAGUGGACAAUGCCGCAUCCGGCAGUCCAGGAGAGGCAUGCAACUCGAACCCCCUGGUCCCACAGGUCCAGCAGGUGGGUUCCACUGCGACACCUGCAGGAGCCCUCGAUGCUGCGCCAGUCCGGCAGCAAGGAGAGACCAUGAUGGCCUUCCUGGCCCGCCUGGGCACCAACAUGCAACAAGUACGAGAAGAACAGCAAUGCGAGGCGGCAGCCGAAACGGCACGCCUCAACGCCAUUGCACGCGAUGCGGAGCAACCGCGCCGGCAGCACGCUGAAGCAGCUGCCAACCAUAACAAAGCUCGAAAAGAUGCCGCAUCUGUCCUCAUGCAGCAGGAAGCCGCUCAUACCGCCGCAGUCCAAGCAUGGAAUGUUGAUCCGCAGGAGACAACGGAACCAACUGUGGAGGAGAAGACCAAGCAAAGAAGACGUCCGUCCACGGCAAAGCUCGGAAAACUGAGCUCCGCGGGAAGUGAGGCGACUCCACUUCCUACUUCGCCGGACACGGUUGCCUUGCUAACAACCUCCUCCACGUUCGGGGAACAUGCGUAUGUCGCCAGUCUUCACGAAGGUUAUGAAGACUAUGCUGUCCAGCUGGUCCCGUCGUUGGACCAACCUCUCCACGUGCAAGAGUCAUAUGCGUGCACGACUUCAACACCAUCGCCAAGUGAACCAGCAUCCUCAUCGACACUAUUUGGGGACUCGUCGAUAUGGUCUAGACUUGAGGAGCUCGACCCAUUGACGCUGGAGGAUUUCCAAUGGUUGCCUCUUCCCCCAUCUGGUUCCUUGCCGAAGCCGCAUUGCAACGCCCUAAUGGCGGAACUACGCACCUACUUGCACGCUACAGUACCAGCUCCGUUGAUGGAAGACGGAGUAGCGGUUGUUGACCUUCGCGAGUACAUUGUGAAGAUUGACCGCGACUACGCCACGCAACGGUAUGACAACAUCGACGCACCGUUACUCUAUGUCCGUAUUCAGAUCGGGAAGGUGACCUGCAACGCCUUGAUUGAUUGUGGAGCUACUCGCAACCACAUCAGUCAAGACUUCAUGACGCGCGUGGGCCUUGGGCUGCGUGUUCGAAGGAAAUCGCAGCCCACGCAAGUCACAUUGGUCGACGGUCGCACGCACAAUUCCAUUGACCGGUGCGUUGACUCCGUCCCCGUGGACUUCGCCCCACAUGCACGUGAGACCGUGUCCUUUGACAUAUUGGACACACAGUUUGACAUGAUUUUGGGCAUGUCGUGGCUGCGCAGCGAGGACCACCCGGUGAACUUCUACCGCCGCACCGUUCACCUUCGAGGUUCACUUGGGCGAUGGAUAAUAACCCAUUGACCUACUACAAGACGCAAGACACGGUGAGCAGCACGAUUGCUC